CACCCCGCUCCCCAGCAGCCCGCCCCGCCCUCUCCCGGUCCCCGCCGUUCCGUGCCGUGCCGCGCCGUGCCGGAAGCGGCGGUGCCGGCCGGGGGAAGGGGCGGCGCUGCGGGCGGUGCUGCCCUGCCCGGCCCGCUCCGCUCCGUGCCGGGGCUGCGUGCCCGGGGCUGUGCCCGGCUCCCGCGGCCCGGCCAUGGCCGGUGCCCCUGCCCGGUACCUGGUGUUCUUUCAGUACUUUGGCACCAGGUACAGUGGAGUUAUGGAGACCAAGAGUGAUCAGGCCCUGGUUGGAGUCCAGAAUUAUUUGGAGAAGGCAGCAGAGCAGCUGAAGCCCAGCGCUCCCAUCAAGUUCCACAUCUCCAGCCGGACAGACAGCGGCGUCCACGCCCUGGCCAACGCCGCCCACCUGGACAUCCAGAGGGCCCCGGGCAGGGCGCCCUUCACUGGCCCCCAGCUGCUGCAGGGCCUCAACCACCACCUCAAACCCGAGCCCAUCCGCAUCCUCAGUGCCCAGCGGGUUUCCAGCACCUUCCAUGCCCGUUUCUGUGCCCUCUCCAGGACCUACAUCUACCGCCUGCUGCUGGGCUGUGCCCACCGCUCCCAAAUCCCCGUCUUCGAGCAGGAUCUGUGCUGGGCUCCCCCAGGAGGCCCCCUGGACAUCCCAGCCAUGAGGGCAGCAGCGCAGCUCCUGCUGGGCACCCACGAUUUCAGCACCUUCCGCUCCCCGCACGCCGAGGCCGCGGCGCAGAACCCCGUCAGGACCCUGCAGCUGCUGCAGCUCCAGCCUGGCCACGGCCUCCUGGGCCAGCACCCCCUGCACAGGGGACUGGAGUUCUGGGAGGUGAAGGUGAAGAGCAAAUCCUUCCUGUACCGACAGGUGAGGAGGAUGGUGGGGGCCCUGGUGGCCGUGGGCCAGGGCAGGUUGGCCCCGGGGCGGCUGCAGGAGCUGCUGGAGCUCAGGGAGCCGCGGGCGCUGCCCCCGCACGCCACGGCCCCGCCCCAGGGGCUCUUCCUGCACAGCGUGGAGUACAGCCACACAGAUUUGGCCCCUCCAAGUGCUCCAGCAGAAGAGGAGCUCUGUGGGCUGAGCCGAAAGGAAUUUAUAACAUAAAUUAUAAAUUAAAUUAAACAAUUAAAAAAUUGUAACAUCUGUAUUGUCUCACCCUUCACAUAAAAGUUUUUAAAACACCUCUCAGUUACCCCAUUCCUAAAUUAUAAAAAUUCAUAUUCCAACACCUCUGCUUCCAGGGGGGAGGGUUGGGGGAAUGAAACAGAUCCCAGGUGCUUCCUGGAGUUUUUUUUUCCUGAUUAUUUUUCUGGGGUUUUUUCCAGAUUUUUUUUUCUAUUUUUUUUUCUGCUUUUCUUCUGCUUUUUCUAAUUUUUUUCUGUUUUUUUUCCUGAAAUUCACCCAGGUAUUUGUCCUUAAUUGGCCACCUCAUUAAUUAUUAUUAAAAACCCCAGGUUAGCUUCUGGCCUCUCCCUCUCUGUUUUGCUCAGAUUUUUAAAUCUUGGUGAGAAAAUUCAUCUGCAACUUUUGUAAACUCUGGAAAAUUCCAAUUCCUGGCACUGUGGGAGCCUCAGCCCCUAAGAAUCCUUUACCUUGAGCAGAAAUUCUUUUUUUUAUCCCAUUUUUUCCUGUGGGGAAUCCUCCCAGCACUGGAGGGGAACUCCUUUUAUCACAAUCUUAUUGAAAAAUGUAAAAAAAUUGGAUUGGAGGCUCCUUGCAGCUGGGCCUGAGGGAAGGAUGAGGAAUUAAAGAUGUUUUGCUGCUUGGUUUUCAGCACAUUUAGGGUUUUUUACUUUCUGUGAUGCUUUUAUACUUUGAAUUUUAAUUUUAAGCAGGGGAUUUUCAGCUGUGGAGAGGGGAGAACACUGAGUAACUUUUACUUUAAUGUGUAAAUUGCUCCUCAGGUCUAUUUAAAAACAAAUUCUUGACUCCCUGGCUGUUUUUUUCCAAGGGGAAAAAAUCCCAGUGCUGGUGUCACUGCAGGAAUUGGACAAACACUGAAAUUCUUUUAUUAAAAUCAAGCAGAAAAAAGCAUUGAAAAUGUAAACAAAAUAAAAUCUGGGCUCAGCUCUCAGGGGGUGCUCUGGGGCAGCCCCUUCUUCAGCAGGGAUGUCAGGUAACUGCCCAGCUCUUCAUCCUAAAAUGGAAAAAAAUCAGCAUGAGAGCAAAAUCCUCCUUGGAUUGUCCCACCUGGGCAGUAAAUUCAAUUCUGGUGCCCAGGAAUGACUGAGAGAAUUCCUGGAGCCUGCAGGAUCGAAUGCGAGCUGUGUUUAAAAACUGGAAUAAUCCACAAAUUCAUUUCUGGCUGUUUUCACAAACUAUUGCUGUGAAAUUCCCAUUUCUCCAAGGACCUGAGGGGUUUCCUUUGAGGAAAAGCCCCAUUUUUGCUGGAAAUCAAGGAAUAAAUUGCUUUGCCUUCCAAAGGCAUUUCCUGCUGUCAAGAAAGAGUUUAAUAAUCCAGAAAAUUUAAUAAUGCAGGAAAUUUAAUAGUGCAGAAAGUUUAAUAAUUCAGAAAAUGUAAUGAUCUAGAAAGUGUAAUAAUCCAGAAAAUGUAAUAAUCCAGAAAAUUUGACAAUGCCGGAGAUGUAAUAAUCCAGAAAGUUCAAUGAUCCAGAAAGUUUAAUAAUCCUGAAAAUUUAAUAAUCCUGAAAAUUUAGUAUUCCAGAAAAUUCACUAUUCCAGAAAAAUCCAUCAAUCCAGAAAAAUCUAAUAAUCCAGAAAGUUCAAUUUAAUAAUUUAAUAAUCCAGAAUGUUUAAUAAUCCAGAAAAUUUAAUAAUCCAGCCACAGAAAGGGAAGGUGAUGGGAUGACUCAAAUAAAAGAAUGUUUAGAUUAGAAACAGUUCUCUAUUUGUGUGAAAUUUUCUAAGUUAGAAAUACAAAAUCAAAUACUUAAUUCAGAACUGAAUUAAGUGGAAUUACCCCAGAAGUUCUCUGCUUUACAGAGCUGUAAACUCAUUUCUGCUCAGAAAGCACCAGGGACUGCCCCUCAUCUUCCACAUUCCUUCCAAGCCAGAGGAGGCAGGCUUGGGAUGGAGGGAUUUGGGUGAGAAAUGAGGAAUUCCCACCUGGUAGGUCCAGGAGACCAGCAGGACUUUGGUUCCCUGGUCCUCUGAGUGAGCCGUGGCCUGGAUCAGGAUGGACUCCACGGUGAUGGAGCCGUCAGGGAGGUGCUGCACUGAGUAAUCCUUCAGAACCCUGCAGAGAAAGGAGAAAUUUGGGGUUUAUUUGGGAAAUAAAUGCUGGGUUUUCAUCCCAAAUCCCACUUCUGAGCCCAAGAAGGGAAAAGGAGCUG